AUGGAUUCUGCAAGGAGAACCCCAAAACUCUAUUCCAUGAAGCUACAAAAUACUUCACCUAUGUCUCCAUGUUGGCAUUACGACGUCUUUUUGAGCUUCAGAGGCGAAGAUACCCGCAAAACCUUCAGUGGCGAUCUCUACAAGACUCUGAUUGAAGCCGGAAUCCACAUAUUUAAAGACGACGAUGAGCUGCCUAGAGGUAAUGAUAUUCCAUCGGAGUUGAUAAAAGCAAUAAAGGAAUCAAGGACAUUGAUCGUUGUUUUCUCGAAGGAUUAUGCAUCGUUGAAAUGGUGUCUUGAUGAAUUGCUGGAGAUUUUGGAUUCUAAAAGAACCGUCGAUCAGUUGUUUUUUCCGGUGUUUUAUGACGUCCAUCGGGAUGAUGUUCACCGGCAAACUGGAAGCUUUGAAUCGGCUUUUGUAAGACAUGAAGAGCAAUUUGAUCGGAUUAAGGUGGAAGAGUGGCGACGUGUGAUGACGGAGGCGACAAGUUUAGAUGGUUGGGAGUUUAAUGACGAUACAAACAGGUGUGAAUCAGAAUUUGUUCAAAGAAUUGUAAUGAAUGUGCUACAUAAGAUAAAACGGAAGUUGUUUGUAGCCAAGCAUCCAGUUGGAUUGGAUUCUCGUGUUGAAGAGCUAAAAAUGUUACUCAAAGGACGGGUAGUUGUUUUUCUUGCACGUGUUGGAGAUAAAUAA